AAAAAAAAUCAAAGGAAACAAAUUCCCACGAUAUCACGUGACGUCAUGCCUUCGUAAGCGUAUCCAUCGUCGUUUCCCCUCUCGGUUAAAUUAACGGCCACAGCCGACGUAACUCAGUCCAGUCGGGUAAAGUCACCGCCAAUUCAGACUCCGGCUCGGCGGCCGCGGCCAAACUCCAACGGUAACUAUGAGUACGGUGCAGAUCUCAAAUUCAGGUUCGAACCCGAACCCGAAUAUCAAAACGGAUCCCAAAUCACUCUCGUUCGAUGAGGUUUCAAAGCUCUUCUCUCUGCCCCUCUCCGAUGCUGCUGAUACAUUAGGUGUUUGUACUAGUGUGCUCAAGAAAAUAUGCUAUGAGAAUGGUCUCGUGAGGUGGCCAUAUCGGAAGUUUCUUUCUGGAAAGAGUAUUGAGGAAAUAAAAAAGGAUGCUGCGAAGGAAAAACAGGAACAGCAUGCUGAAUUGCCAAAACCUGCUGGAGAAAAGCCUAACCUUUCAGCAAAUUCUACUCCGUCCACAUCCAAAGGCUCCCCAUUGCAAAACAAAGGCAGUAGUGCUGCACAGGAAAUGCCAAAAUCUGCAGCUGCUUCCCAGCAACAAGGAAGCAAGACUGCUCAAACUUUGAGUUCCCAGCAUUUGCUAAGCGUUAACUUGCCAAAAGCUACUACAGCUGGUUCUGAUGAAUUUAAAUAUGGGUUUCCAUCAGAUGGCUUGUCAGCAAUCUCUUAUAAAUGGUGGGGAAGCAGAAGUACUGAUGGUAAUGAGGAUACCAAAAAAGAAGGCAAUGCUGAAGAAAGCAAGCAGCAAUCAGCAGUGCCCAUGGAGGAAUCUGCAGUUAAGACAGGUAAAAGCAAUGUAGAUUCCUUCAGAGCCGAUUCACUCUCUGAUUUGCGAGAACAAGCUGCCAAAGAAGGGAAAGAAGCCCUGAGGCUCGGAGUCUAUCGGGAACACAGUCUAUUCAAGCUUGAUUUGACAAAGAGAAAGGUGCUUCUUCAAGUAUUUAAAUCAUCAUAUCCACCACAGUGGGAACAGGAGUAACUUCAAAUACCUUUGUGCUAACAGUCAUGUAGUAUGGACCUGAACCUCUGCUCAUUUCUUCUUCAUAUGAUACAAAAUGAAGGCAUUUGUUGUUCUCCUACAUUGUCUUGUCUACAAUGCAGAGUUACAACUACUAUUGCCACAUCCACGCUUCUAAAGUUGUACUUUUGUUCUUCGGCCAGCAAUUGAACAUGAAUACUUCCUUCUUUAAGGAUGCCUUAGAUUCAGGAUGCCUCAGAAUUAUCUUCUUUCUUGGUCAGGAAGGGUGAAUUUAAUAUUGUUUUUGUAUUGCUUAGUAGGGCUCUGGUGACUGUAAAUAGUGGAAAAUAGGCUUCAUUAGACAUUCUUCUUGCAAAUUUUUUGUUGUGUACUAAUCAGAGGUAUUUUGGAUUUCUAGUGAGA